AUGACCAGCGGAAUCCCCGUUCAUCUUCCGUGGCCCUACCACCAUGGCCGCACCCACCGGACUGGAGGAUGGUUGACAGAAAACCCCAACACGGUCGUCGGCUUCGUUCGAAAGGUCUCUGUCGAAGAGGCCAAAGCUAAGCUCCCCUUCCACCCCAUCAUCCAAAAUUUUCAGGCAGCCGUCUACGGUUCCCCAGAUCUUCGCAUGUUCGCGUCCGCAAUGCUCACCGAAGUGCCCGACAAGCCUCCAUAUAUCAACGACCCAACUGGCACCAAACAGAUUCGGGACUUUGACCACCUUCUCCAUCUAUUCAACUACACGAUGCAGAAGGUGGCGCCACAGUGGAACAUCGAUGAGUACCACGUGGGCCUUAUUGGCGUUCCUUUCAACGCAGUGCUCGACUGGCCCAUGGCUACCCCGAGCGGAUACGCGUUCUUCCUGCACAAGGAAGUCAAUCUCCAUAUGAAGAGAAUUCUAGAUUACUGGAGAGACCAUUUCCUGUCCACAUCAGCUUCCGCCAGCGUGCUAGCCGAGGAACCAAACGGGUGGCUGUCCGAAGAAGCCCGCAAAGUAAUCGAAGAUGAGACCAACCUCGAUCCAAACCACCGGUACAGCUUCGAGGAAUUGUUCGGACACAGCAGGGAGGACGGCAAGCAUUGGGGCUUCAAAUCUUGGGACGACUUCUUCACCCGCAAAUUCGCUGAUUACGAUAAGCUUCGGCCUGUCUAUGCACCAGACGACGACUCCUGGGUAGUCAGCGCCUGUGAAUCGAAGCCAUUUGCACUCCAAACACACGUGAAAGCCUACGAUACCUUCUGGCUGAAGGGCCAGCCCUACUCCGUGUACGAAAUGCUAGACAAGGAAGAGGAGGCGGAACAAUUCGUCGACGGAACCAUCUAUCAAGCCUUCUUGAGCGCCACAUCGUACCACCGCUGGCAUUCUCCAGUCAACGGCACCAUCAAGAAAGUGAAGCUGAUCGGCGGGACCAUGUUCUCCGAGCCAACCAUUACCGGAUUCAUGAACCCCGACGGCCCCGACCCCGCUGCCCCGGACAGGGCGCAGGGCUAUAUUACGCAUGUUGCAACGCGAGCCCUCAUCUUCAUCGAAGCGCCGGAGCCGGUCGGUCUCAUCUGCCUCGUCGAAGUCGGUAUGGUGGAUGUCUCAACCUGCGAUGUUACUGUUAAGCAAGACGAUGCUGUAUCCAAGGGCCAGGAGAUCGGCAUGUUUCAUCAUGGCGGAUCAACACACUGCCUACUUUUCCGGAAGGGUGUCAAGCUCACUUGGGUGACGGGUGCGUUUCCGGGCGUGAGUAGUAAAAAUCUUCCCUUACGGGGUGCUUUGGCGCAUGUUUCGAGUGCGUCAGACAGGCGGGAAGUGAGCGUCGUCAUGGUCAUGGCGAUGGUUAUGGUCGAGGAUACGAGGGCCAUUAUGGACGCUGGCGGCGAGCACGGGACUGGCUAUCCUGGUUACCACUAG